AUAAUUGUUGCUGUAAUUGCUGUUGUUGUAAUUGUUGCUGCUGUAACUGAUGCUGUUGUAACUGAUGAUGCUGUAAUUGUUGUUGCUGUAACAACUGUUGUUGCUGCAUAUAUGGGUUUUGUUGCUGUUGUUGUUGUUGCUGUUGUCCGUUCAGCAUCAUCAUCAUCAAUAGCCAUUGUGCUUGCUGCUGAUGCAUGGGGUUUACUUGCUGUGCCAACAUCAUUUGUUGUUGUUGUUGUUGCUGCUGCUGCUGUUGUUGUUGCUGCUGUUGUUGCUGUUCUACCACGGGUGGAACAAUAGUCGGUUGUGGAACAGCUUGUUGUGGCA